AUGGAUCUAGCCAAGGUUCAGGCAGUACUUCAGUGGGAGAGACCGAAGUCAGCUACUGAGAUCAGAAGCUUUGUGGGUUUAGCGGGCUACUACCGUCGUUUCAUUGAGGGUUUCUCCAAUAUUGUGGUAUCGUUCACGCAGUUGACUAGGAAGAAUCAGCCUUUUGCUUGGACGGACAAGUGUGAGUCUAGCUUUCAAGAUCUAAAGCAAAGGCUGACUAGUGCUCCAGUGUCAAUAAUCCCUGACACAGAAAACUUUGAAUAUGAGACAGAGGAGAUAGAUGAAGUUUCUGAAGGAUUACGAAAGGCUAAAGUGGAGCAUCAAAGACCUGGUGGUUUGUUACAGCAAUUAGAGAUUCCUGAGUGGAAAUGGGAUAGCAUAGCUAUGGAUUUUGUUACCCAUUUGCCACGCACAGUCAGAGGUCAUGAUCCUAUUUGGGUGAUCGUAGACAGGUUGACCAAGAGUGCUCAUUUCUUGGCGGUAAAUUUGAGAAUGUCGAUGGCAAAGCUAGCACAGUUGUAUAUUAGAGAGGUGGUGAGACUGCAUGGGGUGCCUUCCAGUAUUAUUUCAGAUAGAGAUCCGCGGUUUACCUCCAGAUUCUGGCAAACGCUUAAGAGUGAGAUGGACAACAGACUUUGGGGAUCAUGUUUGCUCAGAGUGACUCCUACCACUGGUGUGGGAAGAGCCAUUCGUUCUAGGAAGCUAUCUCCUAGGUAUCUGGGUCCUUAUCAGAUAUUGAGACGUGUGGGGCCAGUUGCUUAUGAGAUAACUAUGCUACCCCAGCUGGCGAAUCUUCAUUCAAUGUUUCAUGUCUCGCAGCUCAGGAAGUAUGUACCUGAUCCAUCUCAUGUGUUAGAAGUUGAAGAUGUGCAAGUAAAAGAGGAUCUGUCUGGGGAGGUGCAACCUGUCAAGAUUAUGGAGAGCCAGACCAAGCAACUUAGAGGCAAAACCAUCAGUCUAGUCAAAGUUGUCUGGGAUAGUAGGACAGGUGAUUCCAGUUGGGAGUUAGAGGGAGACAUGAGGGAGUCUUAUCCUCACCUGUUCUCUAGUAAGUCUAAUUUUCGAGGUCGAAAAUUUUGUUGUUGGGGAGAAUGUAAGAACCUGGAAAAUAGAGUAAUAGAGUAG